AUGGAAAGAGCAAUACAAGACAUUAGCUGUGAGGAGGUUGUGGAGCUGCAGGAGCAGCCAGCAACAGGGACCUCGGAAAGACGCACGAGCGACAUAGAAGAACCACCGCAGGACGGGGAAGCGCCACCACCCGUCUUACCUCGGGACCUAGAGGUAAGAAGAAGGCGUAUCGAGCUUCAGAAGAAGGAGCUCAAACUGGAAAAUGCUCGGAAGAAUUUGGAGCUGGAAAACGCUCGUAAGGAGCUGGAUAUCGAGCUGCAAGAAAUCGAGCUAGAAGAGGAAAUAUCCGAUCACAGCAGCCGGGUAAGCGCGUACGCCGCGAAAGCGGCAAAUUGGUUGCGAGACACAAAUCGUAUCGGGGUGACGCCGGUAGCUCGCCCCCAUGGCAACGGUCAUCGCAAUGGCGACUCGGGUCAGCCACCCUUGAACCCGAUCGCGACCGCGGGAGUAAUGGCAACACGCACGGCCCCGGCACCGCUGCGAUACGACGACACAAUGGCGGACGACGCGCGAGGUCGUCAACCUUCGACUCCGGUAACUGCCCGGUUUCCACCGAAAUAUGACUGUACGUGGGAGGUGGACCAAGCAGCGGCACAAGAACGCGAGUAUAUGGAAUGGAGGCGUGCGGUGGAGGAUUCGAUUAAGGUUCACCGCGAAAGCAAGCACAGCCGUCCUUACAAACCGGAGGAGAUAACGGGAGCAAAUUCGACAAUGGAGUCGAAACCAGCGACACAGAGACGUGUGUUACCCUUGACACCAGAACAAGAGUCAGCGCGCAAGUCGAUCCCUAAGGAACUUCCGGCCUUUUCCGGAGACGUCGGGCAAUGGCCAUUAUUUUACGCGACGUAUGUGAGAUCCACAAUUCUUUGUGGUUUUAGUGACGACGAAAACCUAAUACGGCUUCAACGGGCACUACGGGGACCGGCAUUGGAAUCGGUUGACCACCUUAUGCUGCUACCGGACGGUUUGCCCAAAGUGAUCGAGAUUUUGCGCACGGAAUACGGAAGGCCAGACCUCAUAGUGGAUAGUUUGAUCGAGAAGGUGCGUAAGCUACCCCCCGUUCGUACCGAACGUUUAGAGACGCUGGCCACGUACGGCAAGAUGAUACGGAAAAUGUGCGCGACAAUAGAAGCUUCCGGGCUUCACGAUUAUGAAUGCAACGUCACGCUGCUGAAGGAGCUGGUAGCGAAGCUUCCAGGAGAGCGGGUGUUAGAGUGGGCACGUUAUAAACUAAAACUAAAGCGAGAGACCAUAAGGGAAUUCGACGUGUGGUUUUCAGAGAUCGCACAGGCCGCGAGUGCCGCUUCAAAAACGUUCGAUCGGAACUUCACACGACCCGAAACAUCACGACCACUACCGGGAAGGAAAGCGCCCGCACACGUUAACGUUCACAGCACGACGCGGAGGACACAAUGCGCACUGUGCCAUGAUUCCUGUCGUACGUUGGCUGACUGUGCACGGUUUGGAGAAAUGACGGUGCGAGAGAGACGAUUGCACAUUCAGGGACGCAAGUUGUGCGUCACGUGCUUGGGCCCGCAUAGGGGCACGUGUUUCGUCAGGACGAAUUGUGGUACCGACGGCUGCCGAGAAACGCAUCACAAACUACUGCACUGUAGGGAGCAAACACCACAAUCGCACAGGAACACGCAACACACUCAUUCACUUAACUCGCACAUUAGCAACGACACUAAGUCACUUUUCCGCUAUGUUCCAGUUGUGGUUCGCGGCCAGAAGACAGAGAUAACGACGUUUGCGUUUAUAGAUGAAGGAUCCUCGGCUACAUUCGUUGAUCGUAGGCUGAUAGACGAAUUGGGCAUCGAGGGCACCUUGAACCCUUUGUGUUUGAAGUGGACGGACGAUACGCUACGAAAUGAGUCCGAUUCGAGGGAAGUUCAGCUGCGGAUCUCAGGUGUGCACCAAGGAGCACUGGUGUACGACUUACGAAAGGCGCACACCUUGCAAGAUCUGAUGCUACCGGUGCAGACGCUACCGAUCGAAAAGCUGGUAAAGCUAUACCCGCAUCUGAAGGGGCUCCCGAUUGCCCCAUAUGCCAACGUGACGCCUCGUAUCCUGAUCGGUGUCGACAACAUUCAUCUGGGCAAGCCAUUACGUUGUGUAGAAGGGAGCUUCAGCGAGCCGAUUGCUACCAAGACAAGACUUGGAUGGACAGUGUUUGGCCCUUGCUGCUUACCAGCCUCAGUAAGUAGUACGGCAUAUUUUAAUCUCCAUUUAUGUGUCUGUAAUGAAGAGGGAAAUCAGAAUCUGGACAUGGCGCUGAAAAGAUACUUCUCUUUGGAAUCCAUUGGAGUCAGCGCCGCACAGAGACUCUUGCCGAAAGAAGAAGAACGUGCGAUUACGAUGCUAAAUACCGGAACGCGUCUUGUGGGAGAUCGGUUUGAAACGGGCCUGCUAUGGAAGUAUGAUGAUGUGCGUCUUCCCUGUAACCGCGAGAUGGCCCUUAAGCGCCACACGUGCCUGAAAAGGAAGUGCGAAAAGAAUCCGGAAUUAGCCAGGGCAAUCAGCAAUAAGAUGCACGAGUAUGCGGAUAAAGGUUACAUUCGACGUAUGUCGGAAGACGAAAUCGAAGCGAGGAGAGAAAGGGACUGGUAUUUGCCGAUAUUCCCGGUUUACAACCCGAACAAACCCGGUAAGUUACGAAUGGUAUUCGAUGCUGCCGCACAAGUACACGGAAUAAGCCUCAACAUGUUCCUGCUCACCGGCCCGGACCAACUAGUGGGAUUGGUGCAAGUUCUGUAUAAGUUUCGAGAGAAUCGUAUUGCCGUAACUGGAGACAUCCGAGAAAUGUUCUUUCAGGUGCGCAUGAACCACGCAGACCAACGAAGCGAGAUGGUAUUCUGGGAUGAUGGCAGCAAACAGAAUGGUGAACCUAGUGUGUAUGCUGUUACGGUAAUGACCUUCGGAGCGGCUUGCUCACCUGCUAGUGCCCACUUUGUGAAGAAUCUUAACGCAGAGAGAUUCGUUGACCGUUUCCCGCGAGCAGUGGAAUGCAUUAAGUAUGAGCACUACGUGGACGAUAUGCUGGCCAGUGUCGAAACCGUGGACGAGGCAGUUACUCUGGCGGAGGAUGUGCGGCUCGUACAUUCGAAAGGCGGCUUUGAGAUCCGGAACUGGCUGUCCAACUCGAAGUAUGUCGUGCAUAAGCUACGGUGGGGAGUCAACCAAAACAAGUGUGUCGACAUGAGCUCGAACCAAGGCACCGAAAAGGUUCUAGGGAUGUGGUGGAAUACGGACGAUGAUAUGCUUACCUUCCGCAUAAAUCCGCGCAUGGAUGAAGAGCUGUUGGCAGGUGGUAGACUGCCGACAAGGCGGGAAGUGCUGAGCACACUUAUGAUGAUAUAUGAUCCGUUGGGCCUCAUUGGUCACUUCCUCAUGUUCCUCAAGAUACUUUUGCAGGACUUAUGGCGAACCGGGAUUCACUGGGACAAGAAAGUUGAAGGCGAAGCUGCAAAGAAAUGGUUGAGAUGGACUGGAUUAUUGCCGGAACUAGAAAAGCUAAUGAUCAGAAGGUGCUAUCGUAGCAUAACAUCGUCGCCAUGCGUGCAAUUGCACGUCUUUACCGAUGCAAGUCAAAGUGGAAUGGCUGCAGUUGCUUACCUGCGCUUUGAGGAAAGCGGUGUGGUGGAGUGCGCACUGGUUGGGUCCAAAACGCGGGUGGCCCCGCUUAAACUCCUAUCUAUACCGCGACUGGAGCUUCAAGCGGCUGUGAUAGGAGCACGCUUCGCGGACCACAUCGCGAAGGCACAUCGAUUGAGGAUCGACAAGAGAGUGUUCUGGACUGAUUCGAGGAACGUGGUGAGCUGGAUAAAGUCGGACCAUAGGCGGUACAGCCCCUUUGUCGCCUUUCGGGUGAGUGAACUGUCCGAAAUCACAGACGCUAACGAAUGGCGUUGGCUUUCUACCAAGGUUAACGUAGCAGAUGACGGAACGAAAUGGCAAGGCGACCCGGAUUUAACCUCAUCCAGCAGAUGGUUCCGAGGACCAGAGUUCCUGUGGGAAGUGGAAGAAAACUGGCCAAUAAAUAAGGACGAUCCAUGUGAGUCGUCGGAGGAACUACGGAAGAGCUUACUACACCAUGCCAUCGUUAGAAACGUAGUCGAUUUCGCCCGGUUCUCACGAUGGAAGAAGCUGUUAAGAACAGUGGGUUUCGUUCAUCGAUACGUUGGAAACCUACGGCGUCGAGCGAGACGGGAAAAGAAGGAUGCGGGGCCACUGACGCAGGAAGAAUUGUUGGCUGCAGAACGUACCCUGUACAUAUGGGCACAACUGGACGGGUUUGCUGCCGACAUCAAGCGGAUGAAGAGCGGUGCGAAGGAGAAACACCCUUGGAAGAAUCUGCUCAAACGAGAUAGCGUGCUGUACAAACUAUCACCUGAAAUCGACGAAAGAGGUAUAUUACGAAUGCGGGGGCGACUAACUAAUUGUACUUUGCUAGGUGAUUCGCUGAGGAAACCUGUUAUCUUACCUAGACGACAUCCCGUCACGGACCUGGUCAUCAAGGACUUCCACGAGCGAUAUUGCCAUCAGAGUCACAGAACGGUGGUGGGUCAACUCCGUACGCGUUAUCACAUCCCGAAGUUGCUGGUGGAGUUCAACCGGGUUCGACGCGGUUGCCAGCAUUGUAAGAUAAGGGACGCCGCACCAAACCCACCGUUAAUGGGCAAUAUUCCGCGGCAGAGAGUAGCAGUGAACCAACGAGCGUUUACCUAUACCGGGCUGGAUUAUUUCGGGCCGAUACUCGUGGUCGUGGGACGUCACUCCGAGAAGCGCUGGGGAGCGCUAUUCACUUGCCUCACGACGAGAGCAGUUCAUCUCGAACUGGCAUUCGCACUAACAACCGCUUCGUGUAUUUUAGCCAUCCGGCGAUUUAUCGCAAGAAGAGGGUCCCCCAGAGAAAUACUCAGCGACCGGGGCACUAAUUUCGUCGGUGCUGCGAGAGAGCUUAACGUCGCCCUGAAGGAUGUGGAUGAAAAUGCCCUGAUGUCCAGAUUUAGCGGUCCGGAACUAAAGUGGAGCUUCAACCCGCCAGCGGCACCCCAUUUCGGCGGCAGUUGGGAGCGUCUCGUGCAGUCGGUGAAGAAAAUUUUAUGCAGCUUUGAAUUACCACGGCUACCAACGGACGAGAUAUUAAUGUCAACGCUGACGGAAGUGGAGAUGAUGAUCAACUCUAGGCCACUUACCUACGUACCACUCGACGAGGAAUCCGACAGCCCGAUAACGCCGAACCACCUGCUUCUGGGAAGUUCCGACGGUAGUAAGCCAGCUGCCUGUUUCGACGAUUCGCCGACAGGGAUACGGACAUCAUUAGGAGCACUACACGUGAACGCGGAGAUAUUUUGGAAGCGGUGGAUCGCGGACUAUCUGCCAACCCUCACCCGCAGAACAAAAUGGUUUGACUCGGUGCCGCCGAUCAAGGAGGGAGAUGUGGUGUUGAUCGUGGAUGGGAACUUACCCCGGAAUACCUGGCCGAUGGGACGUGUGCUUGAGGUGACCCGCGCGAGGGACGGUCAGGUUAGGCGCGCGAGGGUGCAGACCACGAACGGAAUAUUAGAACGACCGGCGACAAAGAUAGCAGUUUUGGAUGUGGGGGAACGAUUGAGUAGAAAGUGA